AUGAGGAGCGUGACUUUCCUUCUGUGCUUUGGAAAUAUUUUCGUUGCAUUAAAGGCCAACGAUCAGCGCUCAGAAGCAUUCAGUGUAAUGGAGCUCCCUGAAACAGCUUCCCCUCAUCUAACACUGGGAAAACAGAAAUCCAACAGCUCGGUUUAUCCAACCCAAGUCACGGGAGGGAAAAUGGCACACCCUCCCAUGUGCUCAGAGUCAGCUGGAAUCAAAGACGCCUUUAAAUAUGUCAACAUUAUGGUCUCUCUGCUGGUGUUUGUUGUUGGGAUUGUGGGAAAUUCAGCCUUACUUAAAAUCAUUUACACAAACAAAAGCAUGAGAAGUGGACCGAACAUCAUCAUUGCAAGUCUUGCUUUAGGGGAUUUGAUCCACAUUGUGAUAGACAUUCCAAUCAACUCAUACAGGCUCAUGGCAGAGGACUGGCCCUUCGGUUUAGUAUUAUGCAAACUCGUCCCCUUCAUCCAGAAAACUUCUGUUGGGAUUACCGUGUUAAGCUUAUGUGCUUUGAGUGUUGACAGAUACCGCGCCGUUGUAUCCUGGAAUCAAAUCAAAGGUAUUUGGGUUUCCGUGCGGACAGCGAUAGAAAUAACCCUGAUAUGGUUUUUUUCUCUCCUGCUGGCGCUCCCUGAAAUGGUCGGCUUUGAUAUGAUAACAAUGGACUACAAAGAAAAACAUCUGAGGAUAUGCCUGCUUCACCCCAUCCAAACCACACAGUUCAUGCAGUUCUAUAAAGCUGUAAAAGACUGGUGGCUCUUUGGAUUUUACUUCUGCACGCCACUAGCUCUGACUGCAGUUUUCUACGCACUCAUGACCAGGAGGAUGCUGAGAAACACUGAGAGUUCACUAAGUGGUUGCAUCAAACAGAAGCGAGAAGUGGCUAAAACUAUCUUCUGCUUGGUUGUUGUGUUUGCCCUCUGCUGGUUGCCUCUGUACCUCAGCAGAAUCUUGAAAUCAACGGUGUAUGAUCAAAAAGAUCCUAACAGGUGUCAGCUGCUGAGUAUCUUCCUUGUUCUUGACUAUUUUGGAAUGAACAUGGCAUCCCUGAACUCGUGUAUCAACCCGAUUGCAUUGUACAUCGUCAGCAGGCGAUUCAAGAAAUGCUUCAAGGCGUGUCUGUGCAGCCCGUGUUUGCCUCGUCGAGCCUUCAACGACUACGAGCCGCCGCCGUGCGUUUUGAAGUCCAGAAUGCAGGAUCCGGCCUCGGAGCAAAGCAGCAACAUCAAAGCUCAGACGGAGACCCCCGCACCUCCAACCUGUUAA